UCAUUUAAUACCUAUUGGCUAUAAUCUCGAUCUCAAACAAGCAAAUCUCACCUCAUUCCUGACAUCACCCGUCACCUAUCAAUCUAUGGGCAUAUAUAUAAAUAUACCAAAGUAAAAGCAUAUCUUCAUCAAUAUCAUCCAAACUUUUCACACAAAAAAAAAAAUGGGCACAGCAGAAGGUUUUCUGACAAAAGAAUAUGGUUAUGUCGUUUUGGUUUUAGUCCUCUAUUGCAUCUUCAAUUUAUGGAUGGGUUUUAAAGUUGGCGCAGCCCGCAAAAAGUACAAGGUUUUUUAUCCAACUUUAUAUGCAUCAGAAUCUGAGAACAAGGAUGCCAAGCUCUUCAAUUGUGUUCAGAGAGGGCACCAGAAUUCAUUGGAAAUGAUGCCAGUUUAUUUCAUAUUAAUGAUAUUGGGAGGAAUGAGACAUCCAUGUAUAUGUACUGGUCUUGGCCUCUUUUACAUCGUUGCUCGUUAUUUCUACUUCACUGGUUACUCCUCUGGUGAUCCUCAGAAACGUCUUUCCAUUGGGAAAUAUGGUUUCUUGGCCUUGAUGGGUUUGAUGAUCUGCACAAUUUCUUUCGGGGUCAAUCUUCUUAUUGCUUGAGAAGAGGGCAUCGCAUACUUACUAAGACGCUUUUAUUCGUUAGCUUGUAACUUUACUUUUGAUGUACUGUAAUAACUACUGCUGCAGCUUUUCUGUAUUAUGAACAACAGUUUCAAAUCAAAGAGGAAACUAACAUUAUAUCUA